AUGUCAGCUCUCAACUACAAAUUCGAAGGCUGGCUUGGACUCGACAAGUCAGCAGCGGAGGGAAACAUGGUCUGGCAGGAGUUUGAACCCAAGGAAUGGGAGGACACGGACAUCGACAUCAAAGUCACCCACAGCGGCAUCUGCGGCACAGACCUGCAUACGUUACGCAGUGGCUGGUACCCGGCUCCCUACCCGAUCUGCGUCGGUCACGAAAUCGUCGGCAUCGCCGUCCACGUCGGAAGAAAAGCCACCGGAGACAUCAAAGUCGGGGAUCGCGUCGGUAUUGGCGCCCAAGCAAACGCCUGUCUCGGCCGUUUUGGCCGUUGCAAGGCUUGCGAUGGCGGCAAGGAGUCGUACUGCAAGAAACCCGUGCACACUUACAGUGCUUUCCAUUACAACGGUGGUAAAGCGAUGGGUGGGUAUGCGACUCACCAUCGGUGUCCUUCGUAUUUUGUCUUCAAGAUUGAUGACCGGCUCGACUCAGCGUCAGUUGCGCCUAUGCUCUGCGGGGGGAUCACCGUGUACUCACCGCUGAAAUUGCACGGGUGUGGGCCAGGAAAGACUGUGGGUGUUAUUGGAAUCGGAGGUCUAGGCCACUGCGGUAUUCUAUUUGCCAAAGCUCUUGGGGCGGAUAGAGUUGUGGGUAUAUCGAGGAGUGAGUCGAAACGAGAUGAAGUUCUGAGAAUGGGUGCGGACGACUAUAUUGCGACGGCCGAGCGAUUGGACUGGGUGACUGAGUACACUGGUGCCUUUGACAUCAUCAUCAACACCAUUGGCACGAGUAAAGUUCCUUUCAACCAGUAUCUCAGUUUGGUGAGCCUAGAUGGCACAUUCAUCCAAGUCGGGUUGCCGGAAGACGGGUCGUUUGAGGUCAACGCUUUCAUGCUCGUGUCGCAACGGAUCAAACUCACGGGGUCAAACACGGGGUCUCGACAGGAGAUUCGUGAGAUGUUAAACUUAGCUGCUGAUAAAGGAAUCAAGCUUUGGGUUCAGGAGAGGCCCAUGGCGGAAGCAAACCAAGGAAUUGUGGAUUUUGAAGCUGGAAAGGCGCGAUAUCGUUACGUUCUGACGCUGUAA